CUCCGAUCUCCAAGAGCAUCUGAAAUCUUCACAGACACAGGGAUGCUUUUCUCUGUCCUUAUUGCACUGGGUGUCUGCCUGGUGCCUGCUCACUCCAAACCAGCAGGACAUUAUCUGGGUAGUCCUCUCCUUCGACGCUGUUUUGAGGAGGCAAAGGCACUUGUGGAUGAUGCCUACACAUACUCCAGAGAAGAGAGUCUGAGACGAGUCCGCAAGGAUGUGGUUAGUCCUCACGAUGCUCUUCGUCUGAUGAAGCAGCCUCGUGGUGACACGCGCUCAGCUGUGAGAUCGGCAGACUACAUGGCGCAAACCCUCCGUCUGCUGCACGAGAGGGUGCAUCAUGUGCACAAACGCUCACUCAAUGCAACAGACUUGCUUUCUGAGGAGGACCUGAAAAAGCUUGCAGAAAUAACUGGAUGUUCAGCUCGAAUCAGUCUUCCACAAUGCCGUACCACCCCAAACCUCAACGAGUAUCGCACAAUCACCAGCGUCUGCAACAACCUAAAUAACCCUCGCCUCGGAUCCGCCAACACCCCCUUCACCCGCUGGCUACCCGCCGAAUAUGACGAUGGCAUCUCCCAACCAAAAGGCUUCAGAAACCAAACAUUCAACAACUUCUUGCUCCCGCUGGUGCGACAGGUGUCCAACAACAUCUUAAACACAACAGAUGCAGGAGUGGUCAACGACGGACUGUACACUCACAUGGUGACCUUAUUUGGGCAGUGGAAUGAUCACGAUCUCACCUUCACGCCGUUCUCCCCCAGCAUCCGCUCUUUCAGCAACGGGGUGAACUGUGACGAGAGCUGUGAGCGAACUGAGCCGUGCAUCCCCAUCCCGAUUCCUCCCGGUGACCCCCGCUUGCCAUCCCGCCCGGACAGCUGCAUCCCCGCGUUCAGAUCCGCCCCUGUUUGCGGAACGGGAUACUCGGCCUACAAUUUUGGCGGAGAGCCCAACAAGAGAGAGCAGAUCAAUGCCCUGACCGCCUUCCUGGAUCUCAGCCAGGUGUACGGCUCUGAGGACAAACUCGCCCAGUAUCUUCGCAACCUCGAAAGUAACGACGGCCUGCUGCGCGUGAAUACAGAGUUCAAAGACAACGGGCGCGAGCUGCUGCCCUUCCACCCUCUCCAGGUGAACAUGUGUGCCACCCGCAAAAGAGUCACCAACGACACAAACGCCAGAGAAGUGCCCUGUUUCAUUGCAGGUGAUGUCCGGGUGGAUGAGAACAUCGCUCUGACGUCCCUUCACACACUGUUCAUGCGUGAGCAUAACCGCCUGGCUCGUGAACUGAAGAGACUAAACCCACAGUGGGACAGUGAGACCCUCUACCAAGAGGCUCGCAAGAUCAUGGGUGCUUACACACAGGUGUUUGUGUUCAGGGACUAUCUACCACACAUUGUGGGCCCCGAUACAAUGCGCAGACAGCUUGGCCGUUACCCCGGCUACAAUCCCAAUGUUGACCCAAGUAUCUCCAACGUCUUUGCAACAGCAGCCUACCGCUUCGCCCACCUGGCCAUCCAGCCAAAUUUAGCCCGUUUAGAUCCAAACUACAGGGAGAACCGUCAGUUCCCAAGUGUCUCCUUGUACAGGUCCUUCUUCACCCCCUGGAGAAUUGUCUUUGAGGGUGGCAUUGAUCCUCUGCUCCGUGGUCUGAUUGGCCGUCCCGCUAAACUGAACACGCAGGAUCACAUGAUGGUGGACGCCCUGAGGGAGAGGUUGUUCCAGUUUGUGCAGCACCUGGCUUUGGACCUGGGCGCUCUCAACAUGCAGAGGGGACGUGAUCACGGCUUGCCUGGCUACAACGCGUGGCGUCGGUUCUGUGGCCUGUCUCAGCCCAGAAACCAGGCAGAACUCGCUCAGGUCCUGAACAACAACAACCUGGCCCGCAGGCUGCUGCAGCUCUACGGUACGCCCAGCAACAUCGACGUCUGGAUGGGAGGCGUGGCAGAGCCGUUUGUCCGUGGCGGCCGUGUGGGGCCUCUGUUUGCUUGCCUCAUUGCAUCACAGUUCCAGAGGAUCCGCCAGGGCGACAGGCUGUGGUACGAGAAAACGGGCGUCUUCACGCCAAGUCAGAGAGCCGCUCUGUCUGGCGCCAGCCUGGCCAGGAUCAUCUGUGACAACACCGGUAUCAGGACCGUCCCCACUGACGUCUUCAGCGUCCUCUCAAACAGGAACCGCCUUGUCAACUGCUCCAACAUUCGACGCCUGAACCUGUCGGGAUGGAGGCAGAGACCCUGCACAAACGCUUUAGCCGGACCCCCUGGACCAAGGGGACCUCGAGGACAACGAGGUCCAGUAGGACCUCCUGGUCCCAGAGGCCCACCUGGACCACAAGCACUCAAUAUCAACGCCUCACAGCCGCAAUCUGCCUUCUCCAUCCGCCUGGGCAAGUACAACCCAUCCUCAGAGAGAACCAUUCACUUCCGUCAGGUGAUCUACAACGAUCAGAACCAUUACAGCACUAAGACGGGCAUGUUUACGUGCGUCAUCCCCGGCGUCUAUCAGUUCAGCUUCCACUGCAUGUCCUUCACCGAUGCAGGAAGUGUAAACCUUUGGCGUAACAAAGAGAUGGUGCUGCGCAGUUUCAAGGUUUAUGUGGGAGGUCUCCACUUGUCAUCAGGGGACAUAGUGCUCCGGCUGCAGACAGGGGACAAAGUGUGGCUGGAGGUCACCGACGGGACCAACGGCCUGAGCACCAAAAGCUACUUCUCGGGACACCUGCUCUUCGCUGUGUGACACAAACACUUCUCUUCCAGCCUGAACCGCCUCUCUUUAUAUACCGGUGGUCUUUCUUCUGUAGGAUCUCUCUGCACUGAACUUUGCUUUUCAUUAAUCAGGAUAUAUGAAUUAUCUAGAUGUAUGAAUUAUCUAUCAUUGACAAACAAGUUUUUUGAGCCAAUGGUGCAGGCUGGGGCACACCAUACAACAUUUUUGGUAGUUUUAACAAGUAGCCUAAUGAAAAUCAAAUAUAAUAGCACAACAUUAUUAUACUCUGUUACAGCAUGCAGUCUGUUGGAAACAUCAUCAGUGGCCAGUUUUGAUGGUGGGAUUUAAUAGUAUUAUUAUGAAUGUUUUAUGCACUGAUAAAAUUGAAGCCAGCCUUGAAAAUGCUAUGUGUUGUGCUUGUGUCUUUGAAGCUUGUUUUACUGUAACUUUCAUAUCUGUUGUGUUUUGCAUUUAAUAAAUAAAGAAACUGAGCUGCA